AUGCAGAUUGGUGUAAAUUUUACAGGGCUGCAAACCAGGGGGAUCAAGUUAUGCGGGCUCUUGGCAGCUGCCGGAUUGAUUGCAGCUCAUUCCAGUAAUUGUCUUCCUGACCAAUGGCAGAAGUAUGCAGUCGUAACACUCACUGAUUGUCGUUCCAUGCUUCAUCCUGUUCUUAGUUGCCGCAAUUUUGGGUUUUACCAUUCUGCUAUCGUGAAUACACAUGACAUAGAAGAAGGGGAAAACCUUUGGGAGCUGGCAAAGAGAACCUACAUGUCAUUUGCAAAUGCUAAAAAUAAUCAGAAGCAUUUCUGGGACAUGAAUGACCUUAACUUUCUCAUGGUCAAGGCCAUUGAUAACCCUGGAUUAACACGGUCGUCAUCAUUAAGAACUUCACUCAUGUCGGUGUUUGAAGACCCAGUGAUUGACCAUUCCGAUGAAUUGCAUCAAGAGAUUGGAUUGGAGGACUACAUAGGGUGUGCUUCUGUUCAUAAUGUAGGCCCAUCAAUCGCUAUAUUUGACACGAUACGAGAUGGGGAAUUAGAUUGUGCAUGUGUAUAUCCAUCACCACUACAUUCGAGGGAACAGAUGCUAGAGCUGAUUGAUGACAUGAAGAGAAUUCUUGUAAAUGGCAGUAACUAUGUGGAGAGUGACAGCUAG